UCCCAAUCCUAAAUUCUCACAUUUCCACUUUGGUUUGCAAAUCUUUUUUAAUCCUCAUAAAAAUCCGUCAAUGUCCAUUUAUCAUGCAAUACACAUUUUUAUACUCAAAUUUGCCUAUUAUGGACAGUUGUGCAAAGCAGUUUCCCUUGGCUUUAGCUCUGGAGGAAACAAGAGGCUAAACAGCUCCCGUUUCAUGCUAAUUGGGCAGGUCUAGGAUGCUGGAGAGAGGACCCCAGCUGUAGAAAUAGCAAUGGGUGCUCGACCCACUGCAACUCCAGACCACUACAACACAGACCUUCCCAUUGGGAACUACAAUUCCCUGGGAGAGGGGAUGCCUGUUAACCCAGUUUAAGUCUAGGCUAGCCCUUCAAAACUAGCUGUCAGCCCUGUUUGCCUUAGCCACGUUUCUCAAUGGCAGAAAGGCAUUGGAAAGAGUUAACUGAGCCUUUGACUCAGAGGCAGGUGAUACAGUUAAUUAUCUAGCCAGGAAAGCCAAGAGGCUGGAGGGUGGGGCUUGCAAGGCUGGGCUGAUUAGAGGGCAGUUGGGUUGGAAGGAGAUCCAUGAGAAGUCAAGCCUAGAAGGUUCUCGUGAUUGAGAUUUCUGUUGUUCUCCUUUGUAGCAUUUUUUUUUAUUACUGCUCUUUUUAAAAAUAUUACUCUGCCUUGAAUCCUACCUGACUUGGUCUCCUGUUGAAUUGGCUUUGGACCAUAAAUAUGACUCGAUUGUAGCAGGAUUGUUUUCACACACAAAAGAGGCAAGGAGAACAAGUCUUUUUUUUCCUACUGGCUUUCUUGUGAGAUGUGCUACAGAACUUCUCUGCCAAAGAGUGAAAAAGGUUAAAGCUUGGAAUCAUUGUUCCGCAGCUGGUCCUUCUCUUUCCUAUGCUUGCUGAAGUGGGGGAGGUAUUCCAAAGAGAACUAGCGUCAGAUGAAACAACGGACCCAUCCCUGAACACUCUUAGACUCCAUUGUCAUGCUCUUAGACUCCAUUGUCAGAAUAGAAUUCAUCUGGUAUUGGUUGGAUGAAGCUGACAGGUGGAUUGAAUAUGGGGAAAAGCAUUUGAAGCACUGUGCUGCCACAAUAUCAUCUGAAGAAUUGGAGGCUGCUUACCAGGCGGACCACAGAGGCGUUGUCUUCUUCCAUGCUGGUACUCAGCUGUACGAAGUAAAUUUCCAAGAGAUGGUCCAGAGAAACCUGUACUACCGAACCCGGAGAAGAGUCUGCAGGUGGCCCAAGCUUGUGCUCUUUGGAGGAGGACGUGACAAUGAGACGGGCAGUCGUUUUGAGUCUUCCCUUCCCACCCCCUUGUUUCCUUCAAGCUGGGAUAAAUCAGCAUUGCCUAACAUAGGCUAUAAGCUGGUGGAGAUCUCUGAUUCUGCUGAAGAAUACAAUGAAAUUAAGGAACUCUUUCAGAAGACCAUGGAGGGUUAUGUUAUCCACCGACUCCAGAGGAUUCAGAACCCGUCUCUUUGGCAAGUCUUCCAGUGGCAGAAAGAGCAGAUGAAGAAGAUGAAUGGGGGGGAUGAGGUAGACGAAAGGUUCUUGUUCCAUGGCACCAACAAACGCCAUUUUCCUGACAUCUGUGGGCAGAACUUUGACUGGAGAAUCUGUGGGACCCAUGGGACUCUCUAUGGAAAAGGAAGUUAUUUUGCCAGAGACGCCAGUUACUCACAUGCAUAUUGCCAGACGGAGACCCACAGCAGGAGCAUGUUUGUAGCUAAAGUUCUGGUUGGAGAUUACGUUCAAGGAAAUCCUGCUUACCUGCGCCCUCCAGCGAGAUCUAACCAAUCGAACAACUUUUAUGAUAGCUGUGUGGACAAUGUUCUUGAUCCUUCUAUUUUUGUCAUCUUUGAGAAGUAUCAGAUUUACCCAGCAUACAUAUUUGAGUAUCAGCCAGUGUCCCAUUGUGUGGUCAUGUAAAGGCACCAAUCUUUCUCUCUUCCUCCUCCUCCUCCAAACAUGGACUUGAAAUCCU